AUGUCUGCGCCCUUGGAGACGCACGCUUCGGAGUUAAAACGAUACAAAAACAUCCCAGUUGUUGUCGUUGAGAACCACAAUGAAGCAUUGCCUCACAUCUACAGGAGCAUUGGUUCCAAACAUCUGCCACUGAAAGGAAUCACUUUGAUCCAUUUGGAUGCCCAUCCUGAUCUCCUCAUUCCCAAAGAUAUCACGGCAGAUCAAGUCUUUGACAAGGAGAAAUUGUUUGAGUCACUGAGCAUUGAAAACUGGAUUAUCCCAGCAGUUUAUGCAGGUCACAUCACAGAUAUUGUGUGGGUGAAACCUCCCUGGGCACACCAAAUGGAAGACCAGGAGACAGUCUGCUGCGUGGGAAAACACAAGACAACUAAGAAAAUGAUGAUAUCCUGCCCAGAAAACUAUUUUAUCAGUGAACUGUUGUUUGCCCCAGAAGAAGAUUUGCUAGAGAAGAAAACACUACAUCUGAAAGUGUUAACAAUGGACUCUUCUAUAAAAUUGGAAGCAGCAGUGGAAGGAGAUAGAAGUUUAGAUCAUAUAACUGAGUCAGUGUCAAAAUGCUGCUGCGAGACUGUGCAAUGUGGAAUUGUUUGUGGUGAUUCUAAAAAAACGGCUGGAAUUGUCUGUAGUGUAUGCUGUAAUGCAGAACUGGAGCAAGCUGCAAAUACGAACAGUAGGGAACCCUCUGAUAAAAACUGCUCCAAACAAAAUCUCCAUGCACCAGGAGUUAAAAGGGUUUUGUUGGAUGAAGAGAGAGAUAAUAAAGAUGACCAAAUAAAAAGAGUAAAACCUGAUUGUGGUUUAGGACAAAUAUCUGGUGACUGUAGCUCAACUGACAGAUUGGAUGUUAUAUGUAACAAUGACAGUACUGUCACUAGGAUUGUAAACAGUGCAGAAAAGACAUCUAGCAAGGCUUAUAUUCUUGACAUAGAUUUAGAUUUUUAUUCCACGCAGAAUCCAUUUAAAAUAACUUACACUGAAAAACAGUUUGAAAUACUAAACAGACUGUAUUAUUUCAAAAGACCUUCACUGGGAAGAGAAGCUGAAGGCACCAGGGAAAGAGAAGCCCAGUUAAACUUUUUGCAAAAUGUAUUCAAAGAUUUGUCGACUGGAAAGACAUUCCAUGAGAUAAAGACUUCUACACAGGAAAAAGACCUCCAAAAGAUAAAAUUGGUUGAAGAACUGGUCUUAGACCUCCAGAAAAAUACAGCUUCCAUUGAUUUUGAAUGGCUUCAUGAGGUUGGUUGUACAUGUGAUGAUACAGAGUUACCUCAUCAUAUAAGCAGUCCAGAAGAGAUACAUGCCCUUGUCAGGGCCACUAAGUCAUCUGUGGAGCUUCUCCCUGUGAAUCCUAUAAUGAUUACUAUAUCCAGGUCCAGUGAGGAUGACUACUGUCCCCCCAGUCAAGUGGACUUUAUCCAGACCCAGGUACUGGACAUGCUGAAGGAGGUGUAUGGACAACUGGACAUCAGAUAUGAUUAUGAAACAGAGUGACGGAGUUCUGCAGUU